CAUUUCCUGUUUCAUAUCCGUCUCCAUUAUUCCAAAGUUGUUCGAAGCACAUUGGAUACGAUUGGUCCUACACAAAAAAGCCGCCGAUUUUCUCUCGCGUACCAAUUCCUCAAGCGUACAACAUCAUGCGCUCGUUUCUACUUUGGAGUCUCGUCGCUUCGUUCGCGACUGCUCAGGAAGGCAGUAAUCUGGAUCGGUUCAACUACCGUGGAACGGAAGGUACGGAUUACGGACCGGAAGAUUGGGACCAGGUGUCCUGCUCCGAUACCGAAAACUGCCUGGGUUGGCCCGAUGCCUUCGAAGCGUCCCGCGGAUGGAGCCUGAAGGAUAACUUUUGUCGUUGGUGUCCCGCCGGAAGCAGCAGCUGCGGAACUCAUCAUCAAUCUCCGAUUGACUUGCAGCGAAAUCGUGCGGUGCCGGGAGAUCCCGACGAAAACGAGUGCAUCGACGUGCACUGGAUGGCUUACUACGACAGUACCUGCACUUGGGACACAUUGAAAGAGCUCAAUGCCUUUAGCGUGGAGCGCCACGCGUUGAAGGUGGUCCAGCCCAUCACGGAAACGACGAGCGGAGAAUGGGAAAUCGCCUGUCGUGACGACAGUGGCAAACGCUUUGGACGGAUUGAUUUCUCCAAAGGCUUUUCGCAGUGGUGGUUCCUUUCCCACAUGGACUUUCACGUCCCUUCGGAGCAUACACAAGAGGGAAAGAGAUACGAUGGCGAAUUGCAUAUGUACCACUUUUAUUCCGUCACUGGAGCGGAAGCAGGAAUCGACAAUGAGAUGGCGUCGGUCGCUUUUUUCUUGGAAGCCUACGAUGAUAUUCCGGACUACCCUAUGCUGAAUAGGCUCAUCUGCCAGUGGCGUGAAGCGGAGGAAAAGACGCGCGAGGAAUGUGGUUUGCCUUCGAUUUUGACGGAAUACCCCGGUUGUUUCUUUUACAACCGUGGCCACACGGAUUCGGCUGUAACGACGCAGAGCAUCAGCAACGGUCAGCGCAAACUUCGCACGACCUCUCGUAAUCUUCGGCCAAAGGUCAAGUCGGUGCACGAUAUCAUCCUUCAAAAUCACGAACAAAUGCAGAGCAACGCGACCUUCAAGCCCCACAAGCUGAUUUUAUCCGAAGACGACCACGCCGAAGCCGAUCCCGACUUUGACUGGGGGGCUUUUGUUGCCGAGCAAGUCGCCAAAUCCACCUCAUCGCAGGAACAUCGUGAGUUGAUGAACUAUGAUCACGUUGGACCUUGGUUCAACUACUUUCCCUUGGUAGACGUCCGUACAGAGUAUUACUACCGUUACUCGGGUAGCCAAACCGUCCCACCCUGCUAUGGUCGUCAUAUCGGGGGCAGCCGUAAACAGACGAACCAUUGGCGUUUUAUGAAAGAUCCCCUUCGCGUGACGCAGCGUCAAAUUGACGAAAUGCACCGCUUGCUCAAGGAGCGUAUUGCUCCCCUUGAUGAUCCUCUUGCAUCGUGCCAGCCCGAUACGGCCGCCAAGGUAAACGAGGACGACCCCACAAAGAUUUCUGUCGCUCGACCGCUCAUGGAGACGCGCGACACUCAUUACAAAGUCUUUUGCGAGUGCAUAGACUGGCCCUCCAAGUGGCCUGAAGACAGGGCAUGGUGUGAGCAGGGUUUCAUGGAUCGCCUUUACACGCACCCGUACAAUUUCCAAACGGACGGUUUUUAAGUAUUGUGGUGGCGCGGAAGGUUUCUAGAAAUAGUGUGCUGUUUGCAGCAGCGCAACGAACGAUUUGUUGAUGAGCGUCUAGAAUUGAAGUUAAAAGUUACAAUCGCAUCAU